AUGGACGCCGGCGACAAACCGGAGGACCACUCAAUCAUUCGACUUCCCUUCCUCUCCGCCACCCAUCAACUCGCCGGAAAGCCGCCCAAAACCGCCGCGCAGAAGGCCGUCCGGAAGGCCUUCAAAGGGACAGCCAAUCUCGCCAACCUCCUCCCCACCGGCACCCUCUUCGUCUUCCAUUUCCUGUCGCCGAUCCUCACCCACGACGGCAAAUGCACCUCCGGCGCCACCCGUGACCUCGCCGCCGCCUUCCUCGCCUCCUGCGCCGUCUCCUGCUUUGUCCUCUGCUUCACCGACAGCUUCCGCGACGACAACGGCAAGGUCCGCUACGGCAUUGCCACUUUCCGGGGACUCCUCGUCAUCGACGGCUCCGGCGCCGCCGUCCCCUCCGACGAGGCGGAGAAGUUUCGUAUCAGGUUCGUGGAUUUCUUCCACGCGUUGAUAUCUGUGGUUGUUUUCGCCGCCGUGGCCAUUUCCGACGAUAAUGUGAUCGGUUGCUUCUACCCGAAGCCGUCGCCGGCGGUGGUGGAGUUCGUGGCGGCCGUGCCCGUCGCGGUGGGGUCGGUCUGCAGCGCGCUGUUCGUCUUGUUCCCCAGCCGGCGCCAUGGGAUUGGCUUCCCGAUUUCACGGCGUUAG